GACGAAUGGCGAUUCAUCCCAUCGCCAUGACCGCCGUCCCGCAUUCUACGUUUCCGCCUCGUAAUUUCACAAACACCGCACUCUGACCGAACCUUUUGAUUCCCCUCGAGUUAAACUCUUCUUCUCAGGCGCCAACACGCGCGUGACUUUGUUCCAAGUACCACGUACCGUUGCUUGUAACCUCAAAUUAUAAUUGGAAGAGGAAAAAUUACGGGGCAACCCUUCGAAGUUGGUGGUUCGUUAUAAAAUUUUAGAUCCUCCGAAAAGAAUUCUUAAUGAACAUGUUGCGCCUGAGUGGCUGCCGCUUGGCGAGCACAGCUUCGUCUGCAACGUCCAAUACAAAAGCUGGGAAACUGUUGGAUGCUAUUAUAAGAGUGGACCAUGCUGGUGAACUUGGAGCAGACCGAAUAUACGCAGGACAAAUGGCUGUCCUAGGCAAAACAUCAGUGGGGCCGACUAUACAGCAUAUGUGGGAUCAGGAAAAAGGGCACCGCGAAAAGUUUGAAGAAUUAAUCAGGAAACACCGCGUAAGACCGACGGUUCUCGUCCCGUUAUGGAACGUAGCCGGAUUCGUUUUGGGUGCUGGGACAGCAAUGAUGGGACCAAAGGCAGCAAUGGCCUGUACUGUAGCAGUGGAGACUGUGAUCGUUGAGCACUAUAACGAGCAGCUGCGAUCUUUGAUGGAAAAUAGUGACGAGAACGUAGACAAAGAGUUGUUGGAUACAAUACGAAAGUUCCGUGAUGAAGAGCAGGAACAUCACGACACUGGAAUUGAUCAUGGUGCUGAACAGGCACCGUUUUAUAAAGCUUUAACUAACGUUAUUAAAGCAGGAUGCAAAACAGCCAUAACGAUAUCAAAAGUCAUUUAAAUCAGGCUUGUAAUUCUAGGUAUUACUUUUAUUAAACAGAGGUUGAUCCGUUUUGCGAUUCACCCAGGUCGUAUGUUCUCAAAGUUCUUAAUUGUAAAAUGCGAUUUGAAUUGUGAAAUUGGUCUUGCUACUUCGAUAGAUCCUAGUUAAAACACAGAAAAUGGAUAUCAUUCAAUGUAACCGGUGUCAGUGCAAGUUUGUAGUUGUACACUAUUCUAUUCGAAGCUGAUAUCGCUGAUUAUAAUUCUCUAGACAUUGCUCACGCUUUGAUCCUAUGCGGCUACUUUGCUCCAACGCAAUCUGCAGCACUAAACUUUGUUUCACUUACAAUUAAGCAAUAUUCAGACUACUAAUCGACGAUUACAAUAUUUUAUCCAACCUUGUCUACGCCACGUUACUUUUCUGUAAAUAAUUUAUCUUUGUACAAAUGUUGAUUAAUAAAAUGAUAUGUUUUCAUAAA